AGGUGGGGUCGGCUACAUGGAUUGCAAGACGCCAUUGUGCUCUAUCACCAUCUUAAAAAACCGUAAAAUAAAAUAUUCUCACAACUCCUGCAACUAUACUGAAAGGAAUUUUUUCAAUUUCUUGUCACUCUUAAAUCCUUUGCAAGUGUUUUCACUUGAAUUCAAAGGAAUUUACAUUUUUAGAUGAUGUGCUGGAAACAUUACUUCUCCAUUAAGGGCAUGUGUAUGAACAAAUUUUACUCUUUGAAAAAAAAAAAUAUUUACAUGUUUUACUUGUACGGUCAACUGGGUGUGAUAUUAGAUGCAUGACAUUAAUAAAAGGUGUGAUCUCUUUUGUCUUGGUUGACACAAUAAAACUAUAUCAAGUAAACGUCAUUCUAUGUACUAAGUUAUAAAUGUGUUGUGUGUCCUCUUAUUAGUACGUUAAAGUUUUCCCCAUUUUGAAACCUAGCUAAUUGAAGGAUAUCAAUAUCUAAACAUUUGCCUGGCUCGUUUGUAUCCAAGAAAGUGAAUGAUGAAAUUAAGUUAUCAAGCAAGUUCAUUUGAUUUGCAGUUGGUUUUUGUUCUGUUUUCUUUAGGUUAUAUUAUAGGCUUUACUUGCUUUCCUUUAGGUUGUAUUCUAGGUUUUACUGCUUUCUUUUUUUUAUUGAAAUAAUAAAAUGGGCUCUUUUCUGUUUAAAAAAAUAGUUAUCAAGCGAGUGAAAAAGAGUUUAUUAAUUCGUGGAGUAAUAAAAGGAUAGAUGGUUUCAGAAAUAAAAAUUGUCACAGGUAGAAGUUGAGAUUUUUUUUAAUGAUUUACCACUAGUAGCCCUGCACAGAAGCUGCCAAAAGUUCAAGUUGGAUACAUAGCCAACUUGAAACUAACCAAAGUCUUUAAAUUUUUGAAGUCAUAAAUGUGGAGGUCAUGUUUACCUGGGCUGCUUAUGUCUCUUACUCUGCCAAGUCAGGAGGACCUAAAUAUUUACUUGAAUCUGCAUGAACAAUACGCGGUGUCAUUUAUGUGGUUCAGCCUUGUAUAGGUGAGAUAUAACGCCAAUGUUACAGAAGUUUUAGAUACUUUUUAUUUUGUUAUCAUUGGCUCUUACCUUUCUAAUGCUUAUUUCUCACCCAUUCUCCCAUUAGUCAAGUUGCAACAGGUUGUCGCCUCUCCUAUUUAUAUUGAAUUGAAGGCUUGGUUCUCCUGCGGCAUAGGAUUUUUGAUUUAUUGUGAUCUUCCAUCUCAUUUUGCUUAGCAGACAUUCUUCUUUAUCUCAUAGUGCUUCCCAUUCAAUAUUUAGUCGUUCCUGAUAUCUUUAACGCACCAGCCACUUCAUUAAAAUUGAUUCAUUUCAUUCUCUAUGACGUGGUUUCUGAUGCUUAUUGAUUUGAAAAAACCAGUCAUUCUUGGGGUUACAUUGCAACUAUUGACAGCUUUCCUCCUUUUUAGGAUUUGCUUUUCAAAAAAUGUUCCUGCAUCUUUUGUGUUUGGGGACUCUUUACUUGAUCCAGGUAACAACAACUACAUUGUUUCACUCUCCAAGGCAAACUACGUCCCCAAUGGAAUUGAUUUUGGAUGGCCCUCAGGACGUUUCACAAAUGGAAGAACCAUAGUGGAUAUCUUGGGCCAUCAAUUGGGUCUUGAUUUCACCCCUCCUUACUUGGCUCCAUCUACGAGAGGAUCAGUGAUUCUUAAGGGAGUCAAUUAUGCUUCCGGUGGAGGUGGCAUUUUGAAUCACACUGGACAAAUUUUUGGUGGUCGAUUAAGCUUGGAUGCUCAGAUAGAUAACUUUGCAAACACUAGGCAAGACAUUAUUUCCAUGAUUGGCGUUUCUGCAGCUCAAAAUCUAUUCAGAAGUUCUAUCUUUUCAGUGGCCAUGGGCUCAAACGAUUUCAUCAACAACUAUUUAGCACCUGUGUUAUCAGCUCCCGAAAGGAAGUUGGUGUCUCCAGAAAUGUUUGUGGCGUCCAUGACAUCGAAGUUCAGGCUACAGCUCACUCGACUAUCCAAUCUGGGAGCCAGAAAAAUUGUAGUGGCAAAUGUUGGCCCUAUUGGGUGCAUACCAUUUGAAAGGGAUACAAACCUAGAUGCUGGAGAUAACUGUGCUGCUUUCCCCAAUCAGAUGGCUCAAUUAUUUAACGGUCAAUUGAAGAGCCUCGUUGCAGAACUCAACACGAACUUGAAAGGGUCUUUAUUUGUUUAUGCAGAUGUUUAUCACAUUUUAGAAGACAUUCUGCAGAACUACAGGGCAUAUGGUUUUGAGAAUCCAGAUUCUUCAUGCUGUCAUGUAGCUGGAAGAUUUGGAGGCUUGAUCCCUUGCUUUCCUAAAUCAAAAGUCUGCGAGGAUCGUUCCAAGUAUGUCUUCUGGGACGCUUUCCAUCCUUCGGAUGCUGCUAAUGCUGUCAUAGCAAAACGCCUGUUAGAUGGUGAUGCCAAUGACAUUUCGCCCAUGAAUGUUCGAAAACUCAUUCAACCUUGAUUUAUUUUGGCCCUUAUUGAAUUGAUUGAUUCAACUUUUUUGAGUAAGCCUAUUUUAUUUAGUGUCAAAGCUAAUGGAAAACAUAUAUUUGUUAUUUGUAGUUAUUUUGGGGUAUAUUGUUGUCUUGUAUUUCCUCAUGUCCUUAUUACAGGAUGCCUUGUAGAAGGAUUCCUUGGUUCUUAAUAUGAGACAUAUGAAGAAUUAUUUAUUA